AGAAGCACGCCCGGCCGCCCCGUCGCAGCCAUCCCGUGAAAGUACUCGGGGGCUGCGGGGAGAGGGAUUUGGGGAAAGGGAGAUUUCCCCGGGAAAGGCGGGCUGAGGCGUGUGAGGGAAGGGCCGCUCCGUCGCGCCGAGUGCUGCGUUUAACACCGCCGCCGCCAGGCUGCGCUUCCCCCGCCCGUUGCAGGCCCGUCCCCCGCCGGCGCGCGUCAGCUGGGCGCGAGGCGGAGCUGAGGAGCGCGACGCGUGCCGGGAACGUGCCGGGGGCCGAGGCGGCUGCGAGGACCGAUGGAUCCCGAGGGCGCGCAGGCCUCUGAUCAGAUGCAAACAGAAUCUUUACCUUCAUGUCCCAACACUGUGUCACCGGUGAGGUUAAAUAAUCUGAUCGGUUCUCCAAGGUUUGGAACAGUUACUCCAAAUCGUGUCUUUGUUGGAGGAAUUGAUUUUAAGACUAAUGAAAAUGACCUGAAGAAGUUUUUUGCUCAGUAUGGCAGUGUGACAGAAGUGAAGAUAAUAAAUGACAGAGCUGGAGUAUCAAAGGGGUAUGGCUUUGUUACAUUUGAAACCCAAGAAGAGGCACAGAAGAUUUUACAAGAUGCUAAAAAGCUCAACUAUAAGGAUAAGAAAUUGAAUAUUGGACCAGCAAUAAGAAAACAAGUGCGGAGUCCUAAUGCUCGUUCUGCUGUGACACCACAAGCUGGUACCAUGUACACAGCUACUGCUGUAUCACCAGAAGCUGGUACAAUGUACUUGACCACUUCAAGUGGAUAUCCAUAUGUUUACCAUAAUGGAGUGGCUUAUUUUCAUACAUCUGAAGUCUCUCCUGUUCAGCAGCCAUGGCCAUCUCGCUCUGUUUCCAGUUCACCUGUGAUGGUUGCUCCACCUGUUUAUCAGUCUCCUACAUACCAUUAUCAGGCACCAACACAGUGUCUUUCAAGUCAGUGGCAGUGGUCUGUUCCACAGUCUCUUACCUCUUCACCUCCACUCCUGUAUCUGCAACCAUCUGAAGUCUUUUAUCAGCCAAUAGGAAUUAACCAGGAAGGUGGAUGUAUAUCUCCACCUCUCCUAAUGGAAGCUGCAGUUCCUGAGCUGUAUUCUGAUCAUGGAGUUCAAACACUACAUCACCAGCCCUAUGUCCAGAGUCACAUAGCCAUGCCUGCAGCUUCUUUCCUGUGUGGCUGAGAUCCAUCAUCACCAUAACAGCUAGCAGCUGCCAGUUGUGGCAUUUGGGGAAUUGAGGUCGCAUUCUGUGAGAAGAAAUGUUCUGCAUCAUUCAUCUGUGAGUCUGAAACCUCAGUGUGCAUGAAGUCAUCAGUUUCAUCCUAGAAAAGAUUACAGAAUGGAAGAUAAAAGUUUACACUACCUUCUACAGAUGUAAAACACUGGGGUUUUUAGAUAUGUAUUUUGCUAAAAUACCUGUCACAGGGAGGAGGGUAUGUUAUUCCUAACUUCUGACAUUUCCUUGCAGGUUCCCCAGUUAAAAUACCACUACUUUUUGUCAAGAAAUAGCUUGAAAUUUUGUAGUUUGGUCAGGUAAAAACACAUGAAAUAAUAAUUUUGUCUCUGCAUUUCUUUUUUUGAU